AUGCCUUCUACUACUGCCUUAAAGGCAAAGUUCAGCACAGCUGCUGAUCGUCUCGAAGUCUUCCUUGAUGUUUACGCAAAUCCGGACGAAUCAAAACUCCGUGCGUCCGUUGCAAAAGCAACCUCCUCAAAACUCGAGAAUCUUCUGGAGAUCUUCAUCAACUCCUACGAGACGUUUUGCGAAACUUUUCCUACAUCUCCCGACGACAGUUCGUCGGAAGAAAUUUCCUCUACGUCGAAACGCUGCGCUGACCUCCUGGCGAGAUCUGACAAGCUGUCGAUCAUCCUCGACACGGUGAAAAUUGAAGCUUCUUCCUCUUCAGACAACGUGCCGGAGAACAAGCCAGAAAAAAAGACGAAAUUCCCGAAAGUCGAACUGCGUUCCUUCGAUGAAAUCAACCCCGACAUUUGGUUCGACCAACUUGCUCUUCAGAUGCGAGCUGCGAAGAUUACUGAUGAACAUCACCAGUUCGCCAC